GAUUUUUGUAGAUGCACGAGUGGUGAAUGCACUUUGUUUGCUUUGUUAUUUUGAGUGAGGUUGAUGUUGAUAGUAACAGUUCUUGUAUUUAGAAACAAAUUAAGUUGUGGGAUCAAAGGCAGUCGUGCAAGUGCAAAAUUCACGAAAUGAUCAAAACAUAGUAAACAAGGGAUGCCACAAAGGCGCAAACAAACACGAUGGACAACAAGAAAAGGCAGCUGCUUCAGCGCUACCAGCUCGACAUCGUAAAGGAUCUGGAUGUCGAGUUCAUCGUCGACGCCCUCUUCGCGAAGCAAGUGAUCACGGGCCAUGAGUUCGACGAGAUAAUCAACCGGAAAAGUCGGAAAGACCGCGCGAGGUAUAUAGUUGACUACUUACUGGCGUAUGGCACCAACAGUACGUUCGAGGCGUUUGUCGACUGCCUGGCUAAGGACUACGAUUGGCUCUGGAAAAAACUGGUGGUGGAAAACAACGAGCCAAUGCUGAACGAAAGCUUUGAGGACAGCCUGAGCCGUGGCGAUGUCCCGAGGCUGCCUAUGCACUAUGUCAGGAGAACGACUUUGGAAAAAGAAAUAGAAACAAGAUUGAUUGUCCUUGCCCGGCACAAGAUCCUGGCCCUGCACGGCAUGUCUGGCUCUGGGAAGACUUCAGCGGUGAUCAGCGUCCUCCGCGAUAACUCCGAACUUAUCACCAACAACUUCAACGGGGUUGUAUUCUGGCUCAAUCUGGCAAACUGCAAGACUGAAGAUGACGUCAUAGCACAGCAAAAUAAAUUAUACCGAAGGGCAUCGUCGAUAUACACUCGCACCUCACACAUGAACUCCACAAUGUCAAUGUCAAGUUUAGGCUCCAACAUGGACUCGCACUCCCUGUCCAGUUACGAGUGGACCUGGUUAGAACUGAGGGACAGGUUGAAGUCGCAGUUCUCGGAACAGGUUCUCAAGGAAGCCCUGUUGGUGCUAGAUGAGGUCAAUGAGAAACUUUGCGUCGAAGCGUUCGAUAUCGGAUGCAAGAUAUUAGUAACGACCCGAGACUCCGAGGUCGUUUCCAGUUUUCAGCCGCUGAUUAUCAAGGUAGAAAACAGUCUCAAAGAGGAAGAAACCUUAAAGCUGCUGGCUUCGUAUGUUGAUCUCGACGUCUCGCAGUUGCCCAGACAAGCCAAGAAGUUCCAUGAUGCGUGCAAAGGCAGCCCUUUUAACAUUGGUCUCAUCGGGGCCCAGCUAGCCGAAGACAAAGAGAGACUGAUCCAUGAUCAUAAACGGUGGAACUAUUAUUUGAAACAGCUCGAAAAAAAGGACUUCCUAUACUUGUUGAGGCAUAACGACAACCAAAUGAAAACAAUAGAGGUCUGCAUAAACUCAUUGCAACCAAAUAUCCUACCACUUUUCAAAAUGCUAGCCAUCUUGCCAGAUAACGUUAAAGUAUCCGUUAGAGUUCUAUCCAAACUCUGGAAUAAGGAGACGAGCGAUGUCGAAAUGAUCAUGAGGAAACUCCGUGUCAAAUCUCUCAUUAUAGAAAUUUACGAUCACGAUCAGAGGAACUACAUGUAUGAAGUUCACGACCUUAUUAUGACGUACUUAAAAGGCACAUUAUUGAGUGAUGAAGACAAAAAGAAAUUGCAUAGCGAUUUUCUGAAGAGCUACCAGUAUGAUGUGAAUAAGCAGCUGCCUGUUGAAAUAACGGACGAUGGUUACAUAGCGUUUUACAUCGGCUACCACAUAUUGAACACGAAGAAUCUCAACAACAGAUGGUCAUUGUUCAACAAGUUGUAUUUGGAUCUGAAGUUUCUUGGGAACAAAGUAAGGCUCACUGGACCUGCGGACGUGAUACUGGACUUACAAAAGUAUGAAACGCAAAUAGUAAACGAUACCCUUGAUAGGGACCUUCUUUGCAGCAUCAGAGCGUACAUCAGUACCCAUGGCAUAGACUUGUACCGGUACCCUAGCACCGACAUAGUUCAAAGCAUACUUCAGCACGAGUCGACUGGCAUUCUCUACACAAAAGCCUGGGAUUUGGCUCGGCAAAGCGUUGCGAAGAAGGAACUGUACUUUGAAUUCUUGCAUGAACAAGAUGUCGAAGAAAUAAAACACUCUACCAUUGACGUGAAAGAGAAUAUCUCAGCUGUGUGCUUUCUCGGCGACUAUGUGCUUGUUGGUACUUUUACUGGGCUUGUAAAGUUCUUCCAUAUACCCACUAACAAACUAAAGAAAGAACUGAACGGAUCAGAGUACGGUAUUAAAUGGAUUGGUGCAUGCCCCAUGAAUCCGCCGCAAGUGGCAGCGCUGUCUUUUGACGGCGUCAUCAAGAUGUGGUUCAUUGAUGACGUCGAGAGGGAGGAGACUGAUGACGUCAUUGAUGAAGAAAACGAGGAACUAUACAACAACAACUGUCCAAGCAACUGCACGAUACAGCCCAAGCUGGGUUUAUUCCUGAACUGCCGCUGGGCCAACCAUCACGAGGUGUUAAUCGCGCACACAGCCAAGAUGAUUGUGCUUUACAACGUCGAUGGGACGGUGCUAAAGGUGUUCGACAAUUUUGACAGGGACCAAGAGAUACUAUGUUGCGCUCCAUGCAACUACGACAACUACUUGAUCGCGGCUGUGGUCAGCAACGGCGCCAACUAUCUGUUCGUCAUCGACCAGACGAGCAAGGACAAGAUCAUGACCAUAAAGGAAACUGGGCCGGUGCUCAACAUAUUAAUUGUUCCAAGUCACCACAAGACCAUCAAAAUCAUCACCCUAAAAGCGAAAGAAAUAACGCAACACCUGUAUCAAAUAAACUACCAAAGCAAUACGUGUAUGUGCAACAAAAUUAUUGAGGCCAAAGACGUGAAGGACAAUCUUUUAUUCCUGACCAUAGUCGUUAACAAGAUUGGCACUUUGCUGUUCGCUUCGACGGACGAUAGCCGGGUCAUCUGUAUAGACUUGAAGACCAAUUCACGAAUAUUUGACUUGGAAAAUCGGAGGGGAAAUGUAGUAUCAAUGGAUGUCAGUGAAAUAGCCGUUUGGAACGACUUCGAGCCGGGCUCAGACGUACUGCUUACCGGGACCGGAACUAUUGAAAACUCCGCCAAAGUGUGGAACCUGGAACCGACUUAUGUAUUGCAGCAGACCCAGAAGAACGGAAAAGUCCGCCUCACAAAGAGAUUCGACGUAAGCUUCAACAUCGCUGUGUCUCCUCAGACACCGAGUACCACAGCCACAAACAGCACCGUACAAAGCGCCUCCACAACUCCUAAGAGACACCAGUCGUUUCAGCACACUGGUGCCCCCAAGCGGCCGGUGGUGCCUAGCCUUAGCCUAGACCGCCGCUGCAUCAAACCACUCAACCUGCGCGGGCUUUGUAACAGCCCUGGCGCCACUAUGCCGCUGCUAGCCGUGGUUGAUGAUAAGAGCAAUAUACAGGUAAUGCGCGGCAGAAAGGUGCUCACAGAAAUAAUAACUCAACCUGAAGAAGAAAUCACCACGAUCAAGAUCUCCCCUUGCAAUCUCUAUGUCAUAUACGGCCUCCGAUCUGGUAUCGUGAAGAAAUACGCCCUUAGAUCCAAAGAGACCGAAGACAUAAUGAAUAUGUACAGUUCAGUGCAAUAUUUAAAUUUCGUCAACCCGCAAUUGUUGAUAGUUGGCAGCAAAAACUCCCUGAUGGCAUACAGGUUGACCAAUGACGGUGAUUGGCAAACUGAGAUGAUGCAGUGUGAAAAGGUGCAUCUUGGAUCGCAGGAGAUACUUAAUGAUAUACAGGGUAUAAAGAAAAAAAGCAGCCAAGCGGACAACCUGUCCAGUUCGGGCAGCGAAUCAAGCCAGACUUCUCGAAGCCGAGGGUAUUUCAACCACGACGGCAAAAGUCGCCUACGUGGAGUCUGCGGCUUAGUAGACUGUUUCUACAUACGGGACGUGGGUUUCAUUACUGUGGAAAGCAACGCACUGGUGAAACUGUGGAGUCAAGAGGCGAACAAAAUGGUCUGCAUAUUGAACCCUAGGCAGAGUGACGCUCAUGUGACUUGUGCUGCGUAUAAGAAGAAUGUGCUGGCUAUAUGCGACGAUUUUAAGACUGGUUUUACAACAUUCGAGUUAAAAGUAGGCGACCAAGUUGAACUCAACCAAAUUCAAGACUACAGACUGAACAAUCGAAUUACAUCGUGUGAUUUAUCAGAGGACGGGUUUAUACUGGCGAUGGGUUUGGAUUCUGGAGAUGUUGUGGUAUGGAACGUCCCGGGCAAACGUCAGCUGCGUCUACUAAAACACCACAAGACCCCGGUCCACUGUUGUUCCUUCUCGCCCGUGCCCGACCGCCUCUACCGUAGUGCCAACUGCCAGUCGCCCGCCACGCCCCUGUCUCCCCCCGAUGUCACAGAUGAAGACAAUACCCCACUGGUGCUUGUUACUAUGGCCUCGGAAAUCGUGUGGUGGAACGUCACUUAUAUCAUGAAGAUGCGGGCUAACAAGAGUUACUGGAGGACUGGACGUAAUGUGAUGACGCCUUUGGCUAGUCCUAUGGAGAGCAAAGUUGACCUGCACGAGGCUAUGGAAAACCUCUCCAUAGGUUCAUCGAACAGUAAUUUCUUCUUCGGCAACGGAUCAUUCCAAUCGCAAGAUUGCUUUAAACUUCUGUGGAAGGGGAAAAAAUACAAGGAGGGAUCAAAGAAGAAGGAAAUACUAGCGUGCAUCAAACUAACAGGAAUGAGCGCAAAGAAGAUCUGCCACGACGAGAAAUUCUCCUGCUUCGUGACCGUCGACAAUUCAGGCCGAGUUCACGUCAUGAACGCCAUACAAGACACGUAA